AUGGAGCGAAUUGUGCUUUGCUGGGUACUGAUAUCGCGGCCUGCAACGUCGUCGCUCCCAACCGAUGAUUCCCCCUCAACGUCACCUUCAGAGCCCCUCGCAGCAUUCCUCCCCGCCGGACAGCUGCCUGUCGCGUCCUCUGCUCAGGCCGCUCCUUUGAGCCUCGCAGCAUUCCUCCGCGGCGGACAGCUGCCUGUCGCGUCCUCUGCUCAGGCCGCUCCUUUGGUGAAAGGGAAGGUGUUCCUGCGAUAUGUGGCCAAGCUCACUCCCACUCGUGAAAAUGGAACGGUAGUUGGCGACCUAGGAGCAACUGGAUUAUCAAUUAUACUGGGAGUGAAGGCCUCUGAAAGUGACAGCUAUGUUGUAAUCAACGCACUCGUCAACAACAUCAAGUCUGGAGGAGCCAUGCCCCACAUGAGCUACUUCAAAUCUUGCCUUGCCGGCAAGUACAAGGAGACAUUUGACGGCAACUUUUGGGGGAACACCACGAGUGCCAGAGGUGGUAAGCCGAAUCGCUACAGCUUCAAGUCCUCGUAUGUUAUAGGACCGGUGGCAGAGGCAGAUGCUCGGGAAAUCAUUGGAUACCAGAUCGGUAAAGCAUCAGGCUUGUAUACAGUCGUGACUCAUCCGAAAAGUAACUAUGCACUUUGCGGGAGGAUGAAGCAGCAACCUGUUGAAGCAUGA